AUGUUUCAGACGUGUCAGAGUGGAGCUCUAUUCUCUCUGUGCGGUUCAGCUCCUCGAAAGCUUGGACUCGCCAGAUCACCAACAGGCGGCCAUUGUCCAGAGAUUCAGAGAGCUGCUCACUCAUCAAUGGGAAGUUGUGGUUUCCCAUAUUUUUAG